AUGAUUUUCUUCUGUCGGGCAACCCAUCGGGAUGCCUCCACUCCCAUUCUGAAGUCAACUGCAACUGCAAUCACAGACAACACACCCUUUGCAAUGGCAAUUACUAUUCUUCCUCCAGUGGUAGAGGACGCCCGUCCCUAUGAAGUUGACUCGGAUGACGACAUCUCCAUGGACUCCGAGGAGGACAUUGAAAUGACUGGCAUCUCUCGGCCUCACAAGCGACCUCGUUUACAAGGAAACUCGAAUAUUGGCGCAGGAGUUGUCACACCAGGAGAAGUGGUCACAGAUGAUCCGCAAUGGAUGAGAGGUCACGGCACCUAUAUGAACCCGCUCUCGACAUCUAUCAUUGCUACCUUCAAAAGACAAAUAAGCUACUCUCCGUUCACCCUCUGCGCGCCCGCUAUACCCCCCGAGAUUGGAGACCUCGUCGUUGGUCGCAUUGUUGAAGUGCAAUCACGACGUUGGAAGGUCGAUGUCGCCGCACCGCUACUUGCCCAGCUUCCUCUUUCCGCGAUCAACCUUCCCGGUGGUAUUUUGCGUCGACGAACAAGCGCCGACGAACUCCAGAUCCGAUCAUUUUUCAGCGAAGGCGAUCUUGUAGUUGCCGAAGUGCAGAGCGUGCACCAGGAUGGGUCGGCGUCACUACACACACGGUCCUUGAAGUACGGGAAACUACGCAACGGUGUGUUCCUUGCCGUUACAGGAACCGGCGGCAGCGGAGCGUCCAGCUCCAGCGUUAAGGGUGGUGUUGGGAAGUCGGCCUCAGGCAGCGCGUUGGCUGCUCCUGGAGGUUCUGGUACUGGCGGUGUGGUGCGGGCUCGUCGACAGGUGUGGACCGUUCCCGCUACCAAUGGUGGUGAUGCAGUGGAUAUUGUCCUUGGAGUGAAUGGCUACAUCUUUAUCUACAAGAAUACCGAAGGGGAAGGUGGCGCAUCCUCAACUGCGGAGAAUGUUUCCAUUACACGCAUGGAAGAGAUGGUGUCGAGUUCAAUCUACUCUAGCCAGAACGACGAUAUCUCACCGCAGACCCGUCGGGAGAUUGCACGGUUGGCACAGUGUAUUCGAGUUUUGGUACACAGCGGAGUGCGUGUGGAUGAAGCUACGGUUAUGGCGACCUACAAUGCUAGCCUGGAGGUGGAUUUGGAGAUUGGGGACGAUGAAGACGAAGAAGAUGAAUGGCGACAGGAAGGUCGUGAGUAUUUGGAGGGCGCCAAGGCCCAACAGAUCCUCGAGUUGGUGAAGCAGCAGCUGUAA